AUGCUGUGUCAGGACGUUUACCAACUUGGUCAGAAGCUGAUCUGCAGGCGGCCUCUGGAGCCCAGGGAAGAGUCUGAGAGUCGCAUGGCUCGUUGUCUGAACACCCUCGACCUGGUGGCCCUGGGCGUGGGCAGCACCCUGGGAGCUGGUGUGUACAUCCUGGCUGGAGAAGUGGCCAAGGACAAAGCUGGGCCAGCGAUUGUCAUCUGCUUCCUGGUGGCCGCCCUGUCUUCUGUGUUGUCUGGGCUCUGCUAUGCCAAGUUUGGGGCCCAGGUACCAUGCUCUGGUUCUGCGUAUCUCUACAGCUAUGUCACAGUGGGACAACUGUGUGCCUUCAUUACUGGCUGGAACCUCAUACUGUCCUAUGUCAUCGGCUCUGCCAGCGUGGCCCGGGCCUGGAGCUCCGCUUUUGACAGCCUGAUUGGGAACUACAUCUCUCAGGUGUUACGGGGAACUUUCUCUCUUCAUGUGCCCUACUUCCUGGCCAAGUACCCAGACUUUUUUGCUCUGGGUUUGGUACUGCUGCUUACGGGAGUACUGGUUCUGGGAGCUCGUGAGUCGGCCCUGGUUAACAAAGUGUUCACAGGCUUGAACCUCUUGGUUCUCAGCUUCAUGAUCAUCUCUGGCUUCGUCAAGGGAGAUCUGCAUAACUGGCAGCUCACAGAACAGGACUACAAACUGGUCACAUCUGGAUCCAAUGACACCUCUAGAUUGGGCCCUCUGGGUUCUGGAGGGUUUGUGCCUUUUGGCUUCAAUGGGAUUUUCCAAGGAGCAGCUACAUGUUUCUACGCAUUUGUUGGUUUUGAUGCCAUUGCCACUACAGGGGAAGAAGCCCAGAAUCCUCAGCGAUCCAUCCCCUUGAGCAUUGUGAUCUCGCUCUGCAUCUGCUUUCUGGCAUAUUCUGGGGUCUCGGCGGCACUCACCCUCAUGGUGCCCUACUACCAGAUUCAUCCCGACAGCCCCUUACCACACGCUUUCUUGCAUGUCGGCUGGGCCCCUGCCAGAUAUGCCGUGGCUGUUGGCACCCUCUGUGCUCUUACAUCCAGCCUCCUGGGUGCCAUGUUCCCUAUGCCUCGUGUCAUCUACUCAAUGGCAGAUGACGGGCUCCUUUUCCGGGGACUUGCCCGGAUCCAUGCCCGUACACGCACCCCCAUCAUGGCCACCUUGGCUUCUGGAACUCUUGCAGGGGUUAUGGCAUUACUUUUCGAGCUCAGUGAUCUCGUGGACCUCAUGUCAAUCAGGACCCUGCUUGCUUAUUCCCUGGUGUCUUUUUCUGUUCUUGUCCUCAGGUACCAACCAGACCAGAAUUUAAGCAAAAUUGAGAAAACAGAGAAAGGAACUGAGAUGAAGCCUGUAGUUGAAGAAAGCCCUUUGGAAUCUGUUCCUGAAGCAGGAACCUCAAAGAUUCUAAAGAGUCUGUGUGACCCUAUCAACACCAUCCCCACUCGGAAAUCUGGCCAGAUUAUCUAUGGAUGUGCCUCGCUGCUUGUUCUCCUGCUGACGGUCCUGAGCCUGAUCCUGGCCCAGUGGCCCAGCCGUGUGUUCUCUGGAGACCCCGUGUACACAACACCGGCUGCGCUGCUGCUACUGUUCGUCACUGGGGUCACUGUCAUCAUUUGGAGGCAGCCCCAGAGCCCCACUCCUCUUCACUUCAAGGUCCCUGCUUUGCCUGUCCUCCCGCUGAUGAGCAUCUUUGUGAAUGUCUACUUGAUGAUGCAGAUGACGUCUGGGACUUGGGCCCAAUUUGGUGUCUGGAUGGUGAUUGGAUUUGUCAUAUACUUUGGAUAUGGGAUCCGACACAGCUUGGAGGAGAAUAAUCGACAGCCGCCAGCCUCCAACUCCCAGACUUUUGAUAAAAACAUCCCUGCACCAUUCCAGGAGCCUUUGAACUUCCUCAGCUUUGACGGGAAAUGGACGCCCACAGCAGAGACUGGAAAGAGCAGGCCCUCCCUGCUUGCUUCCCGCUGGGUUAGAGGAAGCAGGAGGAGCUUUGAGGAGCUGAGGCCGCCCUGGGUGUGGGAGCCCAUCCUGGGGGUCCCCUCCUGCCUGCCGUCUGCGAGGGAGACCCCCAGGCGCGGCCUGGCCCCGCGCGGGCUCGGCCUGGUCGGGGCCGCGGCCCGCCAGGCCCAGGUCCCCAGUCCGCCGUCGCCGGGGAGGGGGCCUGGGCGGGACAAUGGCCGCGGCAGCCGGGGCCCCGGGAGCCCCCGUGCUGGGGAAGGGGCUGGCCUAGGGCCGGGCGCCGGUGCCCUCCCCGCGCGGCUCGGGCGGGCGGAGGGGGGCGAGGAGUUCCUUUGUGGCUCUGCCUCCGGCGCGGCGCGGGCGGGGGGCGCCGCGCAACUUUGCGAGGCGGCAGCGGCGGCGGCGGCGGCGAGCGCGAGACGAGGCCCCGGGGCCCAAGCGGGGCCCCCAGCGCGCGGCCCGCCCCCGCCCCCCGCCCGGCCCCCUCCCCUCCCGCGCCGUCGCCCGCGCCCGGCGCUGCCCACUCGCGGGAGCCCCCGGGGCCGGACGGGCUGCGCAGCCGGAGAGGCGGGGGCCCGACGCGGCCCCCCCGGAGCCGGGCGCCUGGCGCGGGGGCUCGCCGAGCGCACGGGGGGCCGCGCGGCGCUGCAGACCCAGCCUCCCGCCGCCGCCGCCGCUGCCGCCGCCGCCUCGGCGCUUGCAGAACCCAGAAGUGAACAGCAGGCGACCCGGAAGGUUUGCGCGCGGCUCCGCACCGAGCCGGAGCCGGAGCCCGGAGCCGGAGCCCCAGCCCGGCCCUACUCGGGCCGCCGGGCGCGGGGCUGCGGCCGCGUCCCGGAGCCGCCGCCAGCACAGCCAGGUCCGUGCGGGCCCGGAGCGCGGGGAGCGGGCCCGGCGGCGGCGGGCGCCCGCCCGCGGGAAAGUUGCGCCGAGUUGCGGGCGGGGGGCCGGCCGGGGCGCGGGCGCUGUCAGCGCGGGCCGGGGCGCUCAGAGGACCCGGGGCCGCCUGCACCUCGGGCCCGGCCCAGAGUGGCGGCGGUAGCGGCGCGUGGGGCGGAAAUCCUGCUCUGGGUGCUGGGGUGGCUCCCUGAGCCCUUGGGCAAGUGUGCUUGGCAGUUGGAGAGCCCCUUCCCCGACCUGGUGGGCCUCCUGGCCCUGGUCGGUGGCUUUUGGUGGUGA